UAGACAGUCAUUUCAUUCUCUGCCUUUUCUCGGCUUUUUCAAAAUUUCUCUAUAACAUCUGCCACCUUGCAAGUGAAUGCAAUACCUGCGUUACUUCUUGUACCCCACCAGGUGGCUCACCUGCUGCAGUCAGUGCCAGGGGACAGUCUUUUUAACCAUGGGUGCGGUAGGUGCAUGAUGUUGGUGCUCUCGUUUCAAAUUCAAACAAGGUUGACACAGAAUAUUGAACGCUGAGCUUUCCGUGUGCGCCUGCCAUUAAACCUACUACAGAAAGAGAUGUCUGGGAGGACCUCUACUUAUGACUCUAAAGGCGUCCGCGGAGAAUAGGGCCUAAAACACGACCUGGUGAUUCACGACGGUUGGAAGAGGAAGGCGAUCGCGCUUUGUGAUGCCGGCUGAGGAGACAAUAUGAGGGUUCGGGCAACAUGGAUACCCCGCUUGGCAGCUUUAAUAAUCAUCUUACCAGUACUGUGGAUGCUUAACUUCCUGUCUUUCAAUCCGUCGACCUUACCCAAAGAAAACGAACUUAUCUUGGAGGAAACCAAGUUGCGAGAACAGAUUGCUGAACUGAAAAAACAACUGGAGGAAAGACGCUCACUGCAACAUGAGACCCCAGGGGUGAUAAAGGUUCCCGAAGCAAAGAACACAUCUCCGGAGCAAAGACUACCUGAAGCACACGUAGAGGUCGCCGCUGAGAGCCAUAACGUGGCAGCCCACAAUGCCUCCAAAGCCGCCCACCAUGCCGUCCACGCAAAUAUCAAAAAUGUCGACAGUUUCCCGCCAGCUGUGAGACUGGGACAAAACAGGACAGGAGCAACCGUUGUAGUUGGAAUUCCGUCUGUGAAACGAGAAAAGGUGUCGUACCUUUCUGACACCCUGCGAUCAUUAGUAGACAACUUAGACGCCGGGAGCAAAAAAGACGUUUUGCUCAUCGUCAUGGUGUCGGAGCCGUUUAAUACAGAGUAUGCUAAGGAGACAGCUGAGUCUAUUAACGGUCGGUUUCCUGACCAAGUCCGAGAUGGUCUGAUUGAGGUCAUCUGUCCGCCAGCCUCGUUCUACCCUGACCUUGAUCACGUGGACACCCUUGGAGACACAGUGGAAAGAGCAAGAUGGCGAACAAAGCAGAACAUUGACUACGCCUACUUAAUGAUGUACGCUAUGAAGAGGGGUUCGUAUUACUUACAGCUUGAAGACGAUGUUAUAACAAAGCCAGAUUACAUGUUAAAUAUUAAAAAGACGAUAUCUGGACAAAGAGUCAAGAACUGGAUACUUAUAGACUUUUCCUACUUAGGAUUCAUAGGUAAACUAUUCCACAUGCAAGACAUUGAGCUUCUUGCUCAGUUUUUCCUGAUGUUCCAUGACAGGCAGCCCGUUGAUUGGCUGCUAGAGUAUUACGUCACCACAAAAGCGUGUUUUCUAGAUUGGAAUGAGAAAAAGUGCAAUGCCGAAAAGAAAAAGAUGCGGCCCUCUUAUAGACCGUCCUUAUUUCAACAUAUGGGAUAUUAUUCUUCUUUAGCUGGUAAAAUACAAAAACUGAAGGACCCGAGAUUCGGCCAAAAAGUGAAGGACAAGGGGUUCACCCCCCAUACUGACAACCCCAAGGCAGAGGUCAGCUGUACUAUAAACCAAUACAAACAAUACUCUAUAGCAGGUGCUUACGUGGGACAUUCCUUUUUCUGGGGAAUACCGGAGGGAAAUGAAACCUGCGAUUUUAAAUUCCAGCCCCCUAUAAAAAUUAAAAGGUUCUUUUUCAAAAGCGGGAAUCUCGAGCAUCCAGGAGAUAAGUUUACAUCAAAUACAACAGUGGAAAUGUUGCCCGCAGAAAACGCCAGCGCAUUUCAAGCAAAAUACCAAAAAACAAAAGACAAUUAUUUUAUAGUUCAAAAAUUUUCCAAAGACGGAAUUGCAGAGGGUUCUCUGGACGAGUCAUUUCCGCCUGUCGAUAUACUUAGAAUACAGCUGAGAGGACCAACAGACGCCUGGGCGAUACUUAGUGAGAUAUUGAUAACCCCCCACGCGACCAAACGGUAACACCACAGCCAGGCUUCUGUUACGAUGCUCUUGGGACGAUGCCGGGAAUCUCGUCCUCUCUCUCUCUCUCGUGAUAUUUUUAAAAAUGAUCUACCAUAUUGACAUCAGAUGUUUUUCCCAUUCGUAGAAUGAUCAUAGCGUUAAUCAAAAAUAAGUUGUAAGCACUUCAUGUUUUCUUUGAUGCUUACCUACUGGAAUUAAUGUUGUAGUGCAUUGAUAUAUAUAUAUAUUCCAGAUGACUGAUAUUGUGUGGAUUCAGACUACUGUAAAAUUGAUGGUAUUCAACAGCGGGUUAAUAAUAGCCAUCACGUAAUACUGCACCCAAAAUAUCUAUACCGAUGGGUGGGUGGGUGGGUAGGUGGGUUAUAGUGCUGCAAAAGAGCACACACACACACAAACACACACACACACACACACAGUCAGAAGUUACAGAAGGACACCCAUGUGAUAUAUGAUAAUAUAGAAAACAACAAACUGCACUAUAGAGGAAUUUAAGAUGGAAACGGUUACAGGCAAUGCGAGUUGCCGAACCAAGGCAGCAAUAGUCAAUUAAUAACGCAAGUCUUCGGGGCGCCAUGAUGUCGUUUGGGCCUCUGAAACUGAACUUUCCUCUGUUCAGGGCAUUGUAGCAAACGCUAUAGUGGUUAAAGUUAUCAGCGAAUAUUUAUAUAGAACAGAAUACAACAAACAACAUUAAGGUGAACGUUAAACUGGGAUUUUCAAUGUGAUUUUUAAUGUGAUAAAAUGUAACUAAGAGAAUCAAGGACUGAAUUCGUUCGCUCUGAAAAGGAGGUAGGAAAUAUAGUAAAUGUUUGACUACAUAAAAAUGUAUAACAUUAAUUGGAGUUAGAUGAUCUUUUUAUAUCGAAUUAUGUGGUUUGCAUUUCACUACAUAUUGUGUAUUUGUAAGCGUUUUAUAUAUAUAUCUUUACCUUAAAGAGAAUACCACGUUCAGUAUGAAGACAGAUUGAUGACGUUAAGCCUACAAGUAGGCUAUAUCAUCUAAGGAUGAUAUCUAUGACAUCUCUUGCUUAUUUUUCUAGUUUAUGUUAAUGAUAAAUGUGUUUUGAAAUAAAUAUUGCAGAAAGGAAA